UCGCCUGGAGCGGCGGAGUUGAGCCUGAAUGAAAGUGGCGCGCCUUCCCUGACGUUACCCGAUCCGGAGCGGCGGGGACCCGGACCCGGGCUGGUCUCUGGGUGUUUGGGGCCUCCAGUGCCCAGCCGGCCUCGAGGCGGCAGCGGCGGCGGCGCGGCGGGUGUUGGUGGAGAGAGAGAGAAAGACAGCGAGCGAGCGAGCGAGAGGAGCGGCUCCUGCGUGGCCCCAGGACAUGGCUCACAACAAGAUCCCGCCUCGGUGGCUCAACUGUCCACGCCGGGGGCAGCCGGUGGCAGGAAGAUUUUUACCUCUGAAGACAAUGUUAGGACCAAGAUAUGACAGUCAAGUUGCUGAAGAAAAUCGCUUCCAUCCCAGUAUGCUCUCAAAUUAUCUAAAGAGUCUGAAGGUUAAAAUGGGCUUGUUGGUGGAUCUGACAAAUACUUCAAGAUUCUAUGACAGAAAUGACAUAGAAAAAGAAGGAAUCAAAUAUAUAAAACUUCAGUGUAAAGGACAUGGUGAAUGCCCUACUAUUGAGAAUACUGAGACAUUCAUUCGUCUGUGUGAGCGGUUUAAUGAAAGAAACCCACCUGAACUUAUAGGUGUUCAUUGUACUCAUGGUUUCAAUCGCACUGGUUUCCUCAUAUGUGCCUUUUUGGUGGAGAAGAUGGACUGGAGCAUUGAAGCAGCAGUUGCUACUUUUGCUCAAGCCAGACCACCAGGAAUUUAUAAGGGUGAUUAUUUGAAAGAACUCUUUCGUCGCUAUGGUGAUAUAGAGGAAGCACCACCCCCACCUCUAUUGCCAGAUUGGUGUUUUGAGGAUGACGAGGAUGAAGAUGAGGAUGAAGAUGGAAAAAAAGAGUCAGAACCUGGGUCAAGUGCCUCCUUUGGCAAGAGAAGAAAAGAGCGGUUAAAACUGGGUGCUAUUUUCUUGGAAGGUGUUACCGUUAAAGGUGUUACUCAAGUAACGACACAACCAAAGUUAGGAGAGGUACAGCAGAAGUGUCAUCAGUUCUGUGGCUGGGAAGGGUCUGGAUUCCCUGGAGCACAGCCUGUUUCCAUGGACAAGCAAAAUAUUAAACUUUUGGAGCAGAAUCCAUAUAAAGUAAGCUGGAAAGCAGAUGGUACUCGGUAUAUGAUGUUGAUUGAUGGCACAAAUGAAGUCUUUAUGAUUGAUAGAGAUAAUUCAGUGUUUCAUGUCUCAAAUCUGGAAUUUCCAUUUCGUAAAGAUCACCGAAUACAUUUAUCAAAUACUCUCUUAGAUGGGGAAAUGAUUAUUGACAAAGUAAAUGGACAGGCUGUUCCUAGAUACUUGAUAUAUGACAUAAUUAAAUUCAACGCACAGCCAGUUGGAGAUUGUGAUUUUAAUAUUCGUCUGCAAUGUAUAGAACGCGAAAUAAUAAACCCUCGCCAUGAGAAAAUAAAAAAUGGACUCAUUGACAAAACACAGGAACCAUUUAGUGUCAGAAAUAAGCCAUUUUUUGACAUUUAUACUUCAAGAAAGCUGCUUGAAGGAAAUUUUGCCAAAGAAGUCAGCCAUGAAAUGGAUGGACUUAUUUUUCAGCCUAUUGGAAAAUAUAAACCAGGUCGAUGUGAUGACAUAUUGAAGUGGAAACCUCCAAGUCUGAAUUCUGUGGAUUUUCGCCUGAAGAUAACAAGAAUGGGAGGAGAAGGGUUACUUCCUCAGAAUGUUGGCCUUCUCUAUGUUGGAGGUUAUGAAAGACCCUUUGCACAAAUCAAGGUGACAAAAGACCUGAAACAGUAUGACAACAAAAUUAUAGAAUGCAAAUUUGAGAACAACAGCUGGGUCUUCAUGAGACAGAGAACAGACAAAAGUUUCCCGAAUGCCUACAACACUGCCUUGGCUGUGUGCAACAGCAUCUCAAACCCUGUCACCAAGGAGAUGCUGUUUGAGUUCAUCGACCGAUGUGGCGCCGCGACUCAGGGACAGAAGCGAAAGCAUCAUGUGGACCCUGACACAGAGCUCAUGCCACCACCACCUCCCAAAAGGCCACGCCCGUUCCCCUGAGGCCUGCCUCCAGCUGCAGCUGGGGGAGGAAGAGAGCAAAGGAGGAUGCUGCUGCCUCGCACCUGCAGCCAGAGAAUUUCAGAGGAGUGUGUGGCUUGAUGUUGAAACAGAUCUGAAAUAUAUAUUUAUAUAUUUUUUUUUUGUAAGAAGAAAAGUAUUGUAGCCAGCCUGUAAAUAUUUGAUGCUUUUGUUUCCUCAGUGCUACAGUACAUCAUGGACUUAAACAUUUUAUUUAUAUCUGAUAAACUCAGCCUUACCUUGAGGAAUCUGAAGAUUGAAAUAUCCAAAGGUUUAAAUGAGAUUGAAAUCAAUGAAAAGAGGCCUUGUUUAUAUAUGGAGAACUUUCACCUUUAAUUUAUAAAGUUAACAAUCUGCAACUCUGAGAGCCUAGAACUCUUUUUUUUUUUUUUUUUGCAGUUGUAUUUCAACUAUGGUAAAUUUUCCUUUGAAAAAUUUAGGCAGUGGCAUUAAACAUUCUUGCUAUCAUUUAUCAUGGAUUUCCUACAUCUCCGAGAUUCUUGUAUUUAAAAAGAAAUGACAAGGUUGUUAAGUAUUGAACUUUAUAAAACAACUUGAUCUGACUUAUAUCAUUUUUAGAGUUUUUUUUUAAAGAUGUAAAAUUAAAAAAGUAAAGCUCCGAUUUUGUGAAUUUCAUCGUUCCUAAAGGAAGUAUAUUGAGUAUUUUUAUUUGUGUUUGUUGUUGUUGUUCCUCUGAAUUAGAACACCGAUAUUCAAGGCGCCCCCUAAGGCAGUGGUUUCAAGUUACAUCAGCAAACUCCCAGUCCUCUGAGUGGUGUUCUUCUGGAAAACGUUUUUUGUUGUUUCUUUUUUUCUUUCUUUCUUUCUUUUUUUUUUUUUUUUAAGAAAAAUGCCAGGGCUGUAUCUUGCUUUGCCUCAGUGGGAUAAGCCCAUUGUAAAUUACAUUAAAACACAACUCACUGUGAUUAUGGGAGUGAUAUCCAAUACAAGCAGUGUUGUCUCAGUACCCACAAGCCAUGUGGCACAGACUAUGCCGGCUGACUCCUUUGAUUGGAAGGUAGCAUCAGUGGAAUAGAACGCUGUCCCGGGAACGUGCUCGCCCUGCCAGACAAACGCAGAGGCAAGGAGUAGACAUCUGUAGGACUAUCAUGGAAACCAAGACAUUUAUUUUCAAAGCCAGAUUUCUGUGUUCUAUUCUGGGAAUGCUAUUUCUGUUCGACAUCUGAAUUUUAAAACAUUUACUGAUAGAUAAUGGAUUUGAAGAGCAGCUAAUUGGUCAUCUGCCAUUGUUGAGAAACUGUGUUCUGAUUGGUUUGUGAGGGAGCUUUGAGAAUUAGCCAGCUAGAGGCUAGUGUAUUUAUUUUUAGAGGUACAGGUUUUAAAUAUAUGUAUUUAAAGCAAAUUUUCAUGAUCCGAAUUUUAUAAUAUGUAUAUGCAUAUGUGAGUAUAUGCAACAUUGUAUAUUCUUCUACUAAUAGUACAGACAACAUGAAAAUCCAAACGAGUGACCUAGUAGACUGGAAAUCUGGUAGGCUUUCCAUAUGCUAUAGCACAGAUUAACCAAAAAUGUAUUUAUAUUCACCUGAGUUUUACUGUUUUUAAACCGUUUUCUCCUGUAGUCCUUUUCUAUAUGAAAUACUAGAAUCAUGCUUGGGCUUUUUCCUUUGUUGACCCCCAAGUCAUGAAACAUAGCGUGAAACUUACCUAACAGGCCAUUUUAGUGUUUCUUUAUUAGAUGCUUCUGUUCAUUUGGGUGGUAAAUGAAUUAGAACGCCCAAAUGCCACGGUAACAGUGGAAAGCUGGAGAGGUCUCGUGAUCCCAUACAUAGUGUCUUGUACAAAAGUGGAUCUUCAGAUAAUGCCUGUGCAGCUCCGGUGAUACAGCCUGGCUUGGGGUCUGGGACUCUUCAGGUGCUGAGCUGCUUUCUGCGUGGAGGGCGCAGAGAGGCCUUCUGCACAGAGGAGAGCAAGCGUUUGCCAGUGAUCUUCAACAGAGUCAAAAUGUUUAUGGUAAUUGUAACCUUUCAAAUGAGUUAUGUGAAAAGAGCAACUCAAUUUUUAAUAUACCCAGUUAUUUUGUUGUUGUUGCCUUUGUGCAUUUUAACAGGACUUAAUUUUCUUACUUUAUCCUCUCCUUUCUAUUAGAGUGAAUAUAAUAAUUGGCCCCAUUCAGCUCCUGAGCACAUUACCUUUCACAGGAUUAUAAACAGUCACAUCCAGAAAAUUUGGGGGCAGGGAGGAGACCAAGUGGCAGGUUCAGGAACAUCUUCAACGAAACUUCUCUGCCCACUUUACAGGAACUAUUUUCUGACACUGAAGUUUUAUGGACAAGAAUAAGAAAACUUUGCUUUUCUGAGUUAACACAUAUAAAAGCUUUUGCUUUGUGUUUGGAAAAGAUAUGAAUGACUCAACUGCCUGAAUGGUUACAUUUGCUUUCCGUGAAAUGCUCAGAAAAUGUCAGGACAUUCCUUCUAUAAUUGUGUGUCAGUGUAUAUUGUAAUAAAACUACUGAUGUAAAAACACAAAAAGUGGAUCUACUUUGUUUUACUG